AUGCAACUCCAACCCCUCCUUGCUCUCGCCGCGCUAGCCGCCACCGGUGUCAACGGCCAGUGGAACCAAGCCUGGUGCGACACCGACCGGAUCAACAGCAUAGUCGACGUCGUGGCGACGGAAAAAUCGUGUAACGCUCUGACCGGCAGUACGGAUGCCAGGCUUACCAAGGGGACGACAUUCAAGGGCGAUCCCGACGCGUUGUGCAUCAGCAACGGCGGAGAGAUUGACGGUCCCGCUUGGAAGGCAUCUUGCACGGCGAAUGGUGCGAAAGAAAGUGGUCGUGGUCAAGAAUCGUAG